AUUGGAAAGCAAAAAGCACAGCCCACGCACGGGGAAGAAAACAAACCACAUUUCCGUGGCUUCCCUUCCCCGCUACCAGUCUUUGUGUUUUUCCUUUCUUUUGACUCCAUUUUGGAACCGUAGUUAAUGCGCUCUAUUUAUAAAUUUCUACACCAGCAUGUCUCUGAUCAGUGCCUCUGAAACUUCUAUUAAACCAGCGGAAACUGACUGUGAAGAAGUCCCAGUUUUUCUAUGUAGAGCAGCGGCAGUUCCAACUACGUUCAAGAAAAUAAGAGCUGAUUAAGCAAUAACUCCAUCCUCUUUUUUGUUUGCUGAGGAGCUAUGAUGGAGAUCUUUCAUCUUGUUAAUUUUAACAUUUGGAGAUCAUUUCUUGGAAGCUGGUUUUGUAUUGCACUUGUACUCUUGUUACAUAGCAGUAAAGGAGUACUCUCAGAUUCCAACUAUUUGGUUGGGCUUGGAAGCUAUGACAUUACUGGUCCAGCAGCUGAUGUUAAUAUGAUGGGAUAUGCUAACGCAGAGCAGAUUGCAUCUGGGAUUCACUUCAGGCUUCGAGCUCGUGCAUUUAUUGUAGCAGAGCCCAAGGGGAAGCGGGUGGUAUUUGUAAAUCUUGAUGCUUGCAUGGCCUCACAACUUGUAACAAUCAAAGUAUUGGAGAGGUUAAAAGCAAGGUAUGGGGAACUUUAUACAGAAAAGAAUGUAGCUAUUAGUGGAAUUCAUACCCAUGCAGGCCCUGGGGGUUAUCUCCAAUAUGUUGUGUAUAUUGUAACAUCUCUUGGAUUUGUGCGUCAGUCAUUUGAUGUUCUUGUUGAUGGCAUUGAGAAAAGCAUUAUACAAGCUCAUGAAAAUCUUCAUCCAGGGUCAGUUUUUAUAAACAAGGGGGUGCUCUUAGAUGCCAGUGUGAAUCGCAGUCCAAGUGCUUAUCUCAAUAAUCCGGCAACAGAGCGCAGUAAAUAUAAGUAUGACGUUGAUAAAGAAAUGACUCUUUUAAAGUUUGUUGAUGAUCAGUGGGGUCCGGUUGGUACCUUCAAUUGGUUCGCAACUCAUGGAACUUCUAUGAGUCGUACAAACUCAUUAAUAAGUGGAGAUAACAAAGGUGCUGCUGCUCGAUUUAUGGAAGACUGGUUUGAGCAAAAGCGUGUUAGUAGUGUGGAUUCUGAUGAAUUUUAUUCUGAAGAAAUUCCUCGAAGAGUCUCAAACAUAAUUCCUCGUCCUGAUAAUCACCGUGAAUUACUGGAGCUUGCGGCAUCCUUUCAGUCUUCUCCUGGUAAACCAGCAACCAGGACUUUGAGUGUCGCAAAACGUGUCAGGGGUGCUCUCCGGCAAGCUGACAAGCCUGGAUUUGUAUCUGCCUUUUGCCAGUCAAACUGUGGUGAUGUUAGUCCAAAUGUUCUUGGAACAUUCUGCAUAGACACUGGGCUACCUUGUGACUUCAAUCACAGUACCUGCGGUGGAAAGAAUGAAUUGUGUUAUGGUCGAGGACCCGGUUAUCCAGAUGAAUUUGAGAGUACACGCAUCAUUGCGGAUAGGCAAUUCAAAAAAGCUGUAGAUCUCUUCAACAAAGCAUCUGAACAGCUUAAUGGCAACAUUGACUAUCGCCAUACUUACAUAGAUUUCUCUCAACUUGAAGUAAAUAUUCCUAACAAGGGAGGAGCUUCUGAUGUCAUAAAAACAUGUCCAGCUGCAAUGGGGUUUGCAUUUGCUGCAGGGACAACUGAUGGACCUGGAGCUUUUGAUUUUAAGCAAGGUGAUAAUGAGGGUAAUGCUUUCUGGAGGUUGGUGCGGAACUUACUGAAAGAACCAGACCAGGAACAAGUUGAUUGCCAACAUCCAAAGCCAAUCUUGCUUGACACCGGUGAAAUGGUUAAACCAUAUGAUUGGGCGCCUUCAAUACUUCCAAUCCAGAUCCUCCAAAUAGGACAGCUAGCAAUUCUCAGUGUACCUGGAGAAUUUACAACAAUGGCUGGUAGGCGUCUUCGCGAUGCUGUAAAGACAGUGCUCAGCAGCGGUGAUAAAGGGAAAAACACUCAUGUUGUAAUAGCAGGAUUGACUAAUACUUAUUCCCAAUAUGUAACUACUUUCGAGGAGUACCAGGUUCAAAGAUAUGAGGGUGCCUCCACUUUGUAUGGACCACACACUUUAAGCGCCUAUAUUCAGGAGUUCAAGAAGCUAGCAAAUGCUAUUGUAACCAGCCAAACUGUUGAACCAGGGCCACAACCCCCAGAUCUUCUGGAUGAGCAAAUAAGCUUACUCGCACCGGUUGUGAUGGAUGGAACCCCUCUUGGUGUUAAUUUUGGAGAUGUUAGCUCUGAUGUUCCCAAGAAUUCAACCUUUAAGAGGGGUGACAAUGUGACUGUCAUAUUCUGGUCAGCUUGCCCAAGGAAUGACCUUAUGACUGAAGGUACAUUUGCACUCGUGGAAAUGCUGAAAGGAAAGGACAAUUGGGUUCCAGCAUAUGAUGAUGAUGAUUUCUCUCUUCGCUUCAUUUGGUCAAGACCUUCAAAACUCAGUACUCGAAGCCAUGCAACCAUAAAAUGGAUUAUCCCCAAGUCUGCGACACCCGGUGUGUACAGAAUCAAACAUUUCGGUGCCUCGAAGAGCCUUCUGGGUUCAAUUCGACAUUUCACAGGCUCAUCUAGUGCUUUUGUAGUAGCAUAAGAUAUAGCCUCCGAUAUUUUUGUACAUGUGCGGCGGAUUUAAGCUUAUGUUUGAUGCUUAAUGUAUUACUAAGUGGUCGUUAUCAUGGAUUCUGGAUUGCCUAUUCCUGUAUUUUAUGGCAUUUUAACACAUUUCUCAUAAUCAGUUCAAAAGAA